AUGGAAGAUGCGGAGACAUAUGUGCACAUGAUUCAACGCGAUUUGGCACUGCAAGCCAGCAGCUCGAACUCAGAGGUCGCUUCAUUCCUGUGGCUGACCGAUGCACAUAUUGAUCCAUAUUACCUCAGUGCAGAUCGUCAGUGCAAGAAGAAGGCGUUGGUUGAACUCCAGCAGUAUCCUUUUGGCAGCAUGGGCUGCGAUCCUCCGCCUUCUUUGCUUUACUCCAUUCUGGAAGGAGCUGCAGCCUGGCUUGAAAAAGUGGCAGGGAAAGCUAGCUUCAUGUUGUUCACGGGUGAUUUUGCAAGACACGGCCCAGGGAGGAUGCGCGACUCUGCAGACAAUGCGUCAGACAUUGUGAAGAAUGUGUCCAUUCUAGCAAGAGACUUUUUCCCGGACCUCCCGGCAGUCUUCGGAACCCUUGGAAAUGACGACAGCCCCUGUGAUUACUGCGAAAACAUAACCACGGCGAGCCCUGUCAACCCAUGGUUUUGGAGGGUAGGCACGAAAAUCAACCAAGCCAACUGCAUGACGGAUGCAACCCUUGAGAUGUACAAGUACGGCAGCUACUUCGACAUCACAGCUGGAGAUCUUACCAUUCUCAGCAUCGCGACAGUGAUUUAUUCUACGCUCCACGUUCCAGCUACUAAGCUAGAAGAUGACCCAUUUGGCCAGUUUGCAUGGCUCCGUGCGAAGCUUGCUGAGGCCGUCCAGCAAGGACGAUCUGUUUGGAUCAUCGGGCACAUCUCGCCAGGUAUUGAGACGUUUGGCUUCACGGAGUUGUGGUGGCCGGCUUACGUAGACAAGUACCUUGCCAUAGUGCAAGAUCCUCAGCUUGGCCCUGCCAUUGCCGCACAGUUGUUCGGACACGUUCACAAAGAUGAGAUUCGAGUUUUGCCGGACCCUCCACCUGGCGCUGGUCCAAUAUUUUUGUCUUCCUCGAUCAGCCCCGUCUACUACAACAACCCGUCUUUCAAAAUUGUACAGUAUAAUCGGACCACCGGCAAGCUUCUCAGCUUCAAGGUGAUUUACUCAGAGGUACCUGCAGAUGGCAAGCCCCUGCAGUGGAAGUUUGGAUAUGAUUUGCUCCAGACAUUUCCCUCCCUCAGGAGUUUGGGCGGUACAAUGGCUGCCGAGGCAGACCUUGCAGCUGCGUUACUGGAAGGUGGAGAAACCUGGAAGAAGUAUGCCAAAUGGUAUGCUACGAACUACCCCAGCGACCUGCAGCACUACACUUCCCUGACAACAGAUUCUGUGGCCAACGCUACAUGGAAGCUGCAGCGCCGCAAACAGUACGUUUGUGCAACAGUUGUGCGAACAGCAGCAGCCUAUCAGGACUGCCUAGGAAUUCUAGGCGUGUCGCCCACAACGCUAGCAGCCCCGGCUGUGACCGAUGAGAUCGAGCGCUUAGUCUUGGGAAGGCUUCUUAGCUGGGCCUACCUGUCAGAUCAGGCUGCAGCCAAGGUGGUUCUUAAACUAGCUGCACAAGCUGAAUGGGGGAAGCUGUUAGCCCUUUUUGGAGACCUUGUUGAAUCGAGCCUCCACUCUGGAAGACCGCUGGACACCAUCAUGGCUGACUGA